UCGCAUCAUUACCGCCGUAACGUGCGAGCCACUCAAUCCCCGCUCGUCUCUCUCAUCACCUGCGACUAACGCUCAAGAAUUCGAAUCCGAGGACAGAGGAGAGCACCAUGUACGCUAAACGUUGCGCAGCUUUCAUUCUUUUCGUCGUGAUAGUCGGUCUCGUGGACGCCACCGAAAACUACAUGGAUUACGGAGAAGAAAUGGCGGAAAAAGCACCCGUGGAGAACAUCCACGAGCUGUACAGGCUCUUGAUGCAACGUAACGCGCUAGAUAACGUCGGCUUCCCGCUGGAGCACCUGAUGAUCCGGAAGUCGCAGCGAUCGCCGUCGCUACGUCUUCGGUUCGGUCGGUCUGGACCGCAUAUCUCCGCGGGAGCUUUGCCGAGACCCCUGGGCGCGGUGGCUGCGGCGGGAUACGACGACAACAAUUAAAAUCGGCGGAGCUGAUCCAGCGGCAUCUUUCCGAUUUGUUUCUUGAUGAGAACGCGCGACUCUAUACCCUCUCUUGUACAAUGUAAAUUAUGUAUUAACUCAUCGUCAUCGCGUACCACCCUGUAUAUGCAUCCUGCGCGCGCGCUUUCCAGGCCGGCGAGAGGUAAAUCCCGAAAAUCUCGCGUUUCUUACUUUCUCUCUAAAAGAGAAAAGAAAGCGAAGCUUUUGGUGGAACAAUUUGCGCGUCACGAUCCACGAUAAUCAGGGCCGAUUGACUGAUCGACGUGAAGAGGAACCGGCGUGACCAUCGCUGUUUGCACGCUUGAUUUGCGCGCGCGUUUAAUCCGGAGCGACGCGUUCCUAGAACGACGGUUUUAUUUUCGUAACGACGCAAUCGAUUCCUUCGCUUUGUACGAGAUUUUGCGGGAUUUCUGACACACUGUUCAACACUUAAGUGGAACGCCGUUCCGUGAGAUCCAUUCCGUAAUGGCGCCCGGCUAUACUCUAUCUCGUUGUCAUUUCCGUUGAUUAAGUGGCAGCGCUGUAAAAAGGACACUUGGCCUAAGUCCUUCGAUGUGAGAUAACAGUGUAAACGCUUCGGUCGCUACGAACAAUUUAUCCUUUGCAAUUGUUUCCUCGUUUAAUCGGCACAGGAACACAGAAAUCAUGUACUUUGCGCCUCAUGCAUUAACGUACAGCGUAAUGUCUCGGACUUUCCGGGUGAUUUAUUAACGAAUCGAGAAGUGAUUUCAUUUUCUUUGGAAAAAAUUAAAAUGUUACUUUUCCAUAAUUAAUAUUUAAUAUUUUAACUAAGAACUGAAAUGUAAUUAAACAGAUUUAAAGAUAUAGGAUUUUAUUGCUCAUUUACGCUUUUAAACUUUAAUUUAUUACGCUCUCUCUCUCUCUCUCUCUCUCUCUCUCUCUCUUUCUUUUUCUGUUAAUAAUAAGUUAUAAUUAGAUCUUUCACUGAAUAUUUUUUUUUAAUGUCAAAGAGAAAUUUGUAGUUGAUAAAUCUGACCUGGAAGAUUAUUUCGUCAUUCUGGGGCAUCGUAUAAUUUUCAACAGCUGGCCUGUUGGUCAAUCGAUUAGGCGUAGUCUUACGAUAAAUGUGCCAAAUAAUAUGAUCGUUGUUAUUAUUAAAGAGAACAAAAAGCAUCUCUGCAUUAUCUAUGACGUAUGUAUAGCAAAAACUGUAACAAUUAAAAAAUUUCACGCGUAAUCGGAGAUCGAUCUCGUAAAAACUUUGGUGCAAAAUGCGAACUGUUUAUCAAUUAUUUGUUAUUCGCCACAAAAAGAGGGUCGCGUCUCAAAUAUGUCAAUAUGUCAAUUUGCAAAAUUAAAAAUAAAUUAUUAUGUAACACUG